AUGUUCGUUUAUUUCAUUCUAGUUGUAUUCUACCCAUAUCCCGUUUUGUCUAAUAAAUGUUCGGAUGCUCAUCAUGAUUGUCGAUUGAUUGCCGUAAAAUGUUUAUCACCGAACCGGAUUGAGCAGAAGUUGAUGGAAAUCGCAUGCCCACUGACAUGCGGAUACUGUAUUUCAGAUAAUAUAGUUAGUGGAAUAGUGAGCAGUACAACGGUGAAACCCUCAGAGAAUAUAAUAAUGCCUUCGAAAUGUAUUGACGAAGCGGAUGAUUGUGCAGAUCGAAUCAAUUUUUGUCAAAGGAAGUUUUAUAAAAGAAUGAUGAGUUUACAAUGUGCAAAAACAUGCAAAUUCUGUGAUCCAGAUGAAGAAUAUGAAGAAGAGGAAGCAGAAGAUAGUCGAGAAAUCCAUUUAUCCAAUAUGAGAUCGAAAAUAGGAGAAGAAAAUGUCCAAAAAUUGGAAGAGCUGAAAAUGGUAGACGAUGUUAUUGAGUUGAUGCGGCAAGUCACUGCUUCGUCGGCUGCUGAGAAGAAACCACGAAGGUUUUCGAAGAAACCAGGGAAUUUCUCUGCGGAAGUUACAAAUUCGCAGGAUGAUUGUGUUGAUAAAUCAUCGGAUUGCGAACGAAAUCGGAAGCUGUGUACUCAUAAAGCAUAUACUUCACUUUUCCAAAAGAUUUGUGCGAAGACUUGUGAAUAUUGCGGAUUGGCAGAUUCAACCAACGAUCUCGAAUCUUCAGGAGAAUUGUUUUAG